AUGCCAGCCUUCGCCGAGAGCGCCGCCGAGCCGCCGCUGGCCGACAGCUACCACGCGCUGCUCCGCCGCGACACCAAACUCGACGCGUGCGCCACGACGGCUCCCCCGCCGGGCUGCCAGCCCGUGUCGGAGUGCCAGCUCCCGAUGAUCGACGUCGGCUGCCUGACGUCCACCGGCGCGAGCCCAGAGGAGCGCGCGGCCUGCGUGGCGGCGAUCGCGGCGGCGGCCGAGGAGUGGGGCUUCUUCCAGGUGACCAACCACGGCGUCGGACAGGACCUCCUGGACGCGAUGCGGCGGGAGCAGGCGCGCCUCUUCCGCCUGCCCUUCGAGGCCAAGGCCACCGCCGGCCUCCUCAACGACUCAUACCGCUGGGGCACGCCCACCGCCACCUCCUCCAAGCAGCUCUCCUGGUCCGAGGCAUUCCACGUCCCGCUCGCCGGCAUCUCCGGCGACCGCUGCAGCUACGGCGACCUCACCAACAUCAGGGAUGUGACGCAGGAGGUGGCGAACGCGAUGUCGAAGCUGGCGAACGCGCUAGCGCGCGUGCUGGCGGAGAGCCUCGGGCACACGGCUGCCGGCGGUGAGCAGUUCCCGGCGGGGUGCGACGAGCGGACGUGCUUCCUCCGGCUUAACCGGUACCCGCCCUGCCCGUUCUCGCCGGACGCCUUCGGGCUGGUGCCGCACACGGACAGCGACUUCCUCACCGUGCUCUGCCAGGACCAGGUCGGCGGCCUGCAGCUCAUGAAGGGCUCCCGCUGGGUGGCCGUCAAGCCCAUCCCCGGCGCCCUCAUCGUCAACAUUGGAGACCUCUUCCAGGCAUGGAGCAACAACAGAUACAAGAGCGUGGAGCACAAAGUGGUGACCAACGCCACGACGGAGAGGUACUCCGUCGCCUACUUCCUCUGCCCGUCCUACGACUCGCCCAUCGGCGCGUGCGAGGAGCCGUCGCCUUACAGGACCUUCACCUUCGGGGAGUACCGGAGAAGGGUGCAAGAAGACGUAAAGAAGACGGGCAAGAAGAUCGGGCUCCCCAAUUUCCUCAUGUAGAUUGCUGAUAUAUAUGCAUAUGGUGUUAUAUAUAAACUGCACCUGGCAUGCAAAUUAAAUUAGUAGGUUUUUGGUCCAUGUCAGUAUAUACAUGUUUCUUCCUGCUGUAUACGCCGUCCGUCCGUCCGUACCAAGUAAUAUUAAGAGUGCAUAUAAUUGUUUAUUUUAA